UGUACGCAUUUAUCAAGCCCCGCCUCUCGCCCAGUGUCCGUCCCUUCUUCUCUCUCUCUCUCUCUCUCUCUCUCUCCUUCCUUCCCUCUCUCUGUUUCUUGCUUGAAAUAGUACCGACAUGGCUCCGCAGAAAUGGGGUUUCUCGGCUUGAAAGCUGCUGCUGCUGCUUCAUCCCCCCGUUUUAGAAUCUCUUGCUAUAUAUGCGCUAUAGCUUGAAGGAAAUUAGCUUUGAGAAUCAAAACACGGGUUUUGGAUCACUUGAGAGGGUGGCUUUAUGGCUAUGCAAGCACUGUAUCUCAAGGAACAUGAGGGAAUGCUCCAUAAUCCCGCAGCACAGUUGUCCUCGGUUCCGUCGGCCACGCCUUGGUGGGCCGCUUUUGGGACGCAAUCGUUUCUUGGGGAUUCCUUGGGCCAGUCGAACUCUUCGCCCGUUGAAAACCCUAGCUGCGGUGACCACCUUGCGCCCGCCAAACAGGCCGGUCGGGGUACGGAACAUGGUGCACAUAAGGGAAGCCUGACCCAGUUCACCAUCUUUUCAGGUGACUGCAAAAAUUCUGCGGAUACCCAGAAAUCUCAACUAGCCAUCUCCCCUCUGCCAGAAUACUGUGCUCGGGUUGAUCUAGGGUAUGGUCAGCAGAUUAUAUGCGCAAAAUAUCCAUAUGGAGAGCAGUGUUAUGGUGUAUUCUCCCCUUAUGGGUCACAAAUAUCGGGCCGAAUGAUGCUUCCUCUGAACUUAUCAACAGAUGAUGGGCCCAUAUUUGUAAAUGCCAAACAGUACCACGCGAUCAUUAGGCGCCGCAAGUUUCGUGCAAAAGCUGUGCUCGAGAAUAAAGUUACUAGAGUCCGUAAGCCGUACAUGCAUGAAUCACGUCAUCGUCACGCUAUGCGCCGACCAAGGGGUUGCGGUGGCCGUUUCUUGAACAUGAGAAACUUGAGCAAUGGAAAGGGAGGAGCUGAAGCAAAGAAAGACAGCAGCGGGCAAUAUCCCCAGCCAACUGGUUCUCAGAGUUCUGAGGUCUCACAAUCCGAGAGCGGCACACUGAGCUUGCCAAAAGAAGCUAAUGGCAGUGCCGGGAAUCUCUCUGGGUCAGAAGUCACUAGCAUGUACUCGAGGGAAGAACCUGAUCGUUUUCCGAUCAAUCACCUCCGGCCAUCGGUCUACUCUUUCACUGGCAUGAACGAUACCUCGCAUAGUAUUGUCAUGCCCAGCAAGUGGGUUGCGGCGGUGGACAACCGCCGCAACCUCAAUAUCUGAAAGCAGGGGAAGUGGGGUCCGUGCCCGACCUCACUUCCCUCUGGCAACCAAAUGCAGAAGUUCCGCUGCAGUUCCUCUUAAUGGUUAUUGCAAUUGGGUCUUCGGCGCGAAGGAUUGUCCUCCAGCCACCAUUUGGUUGCUCUUUUAUAGGCAAAUCAUUCUUGGCUCAUAUGCAUUAAGUCAGUCCCCAGUCACUCUGGUGUACUGGUUGGCUAAAUGCACCUCUAAAAGAACAUGACUAAGAACCUAGAAUAACAUGGGUUUGUUGACUCUUCCAUGCCCAUGGAACUACUAAGAGAAUGGAAGACUAGGUUUGUGUUUGCUGAUGUCUUGUUACUACUUAACGUUCGUUGAUGUUGAAGUCCUUGAUGCUUACCGUGGGGAUUUCGAGCUACUUGAAGUGAUGUAUUGUAAUAUUGAAAGUUUGUUUUA